CUCAAAACCCUAGCCAGCCUCUCUCUCCCUGCAAUCAAGAACAUCCAAAAAUGACAGGAGAGGUCGUGAACCCAAAAGCUUACCCUCUUGCAGAUGCUCAACUCACAAUAACAAUACUUGAUCUUGUUCAACAAGCUGCCAACUACAAGCAACUCAAAAAGGGUGCUAAUGAAGCCACCAAGACUCUGAAUAGAGGCAUUUCUGAGUUCGUUGUCAUGGCUGCAGACACCGAGCCUCUUGAAAUUCUUCUCCAUCUUCCUCUGCUUGCCGAGGACAGGUAG